AUGAGUGUCUUUCAGAAUGGCGCUGCUCCCCCACGAGCGAUGGACGAUGAAUCUGACGUCGAGGAGGAGGCUCUCGUUGCCGACUACAGAGAGCAGGUUCAAUACGAAGGAAUGGAAGAGUUGGAGCAAGUUACUUCGCUGAGCAUUGCACAACAGGCAGACGAUAUACAGUCAAGACUCGCUGCUGCUGCCCAGCCUUUGGACUUCUCCCCUCCUCUCGAGGUCAAAUUUGCCAGCUACGACAACUACUGCAGUCUGUUCCACUUCAUCCUGAACUCUGAUGGGCCUGUUGACCUUGAACCACCCUCGUACUACUGGGCAUGGGAUGUCAUUGACGAAUUUAUUUACCAAUUCAACUCCUUCUGCGCCUACAGAAAUCGCGUCGCGCGCCAAGGGACCAACGAGGAGGAGAUCCAAAUUCUCCGCGAAGCACCAAAUACAUGGGGCUGCUACAGCGUUCUCAACGUCCUAUACUCUCUCAUCCAGAGAUCUCAGAUCAACGAGCAACUUGCUGCAAUGAAGCGCAAUGAGGAGCCUAUGGCGGUGGCCGGUGACUAUGGCUCAAAACCUUUGUACCGAAUGUUGGGUUAUUUCUCAAUCAUUGGUCUCUUGAGAGUCCACUGUCUCCUCGGUGACUUCAGUCUUGCACUGAAAACACUGGAUGAUAUUGAACUCAAUAAGAAAGCCAUGUUCGCCCGCGUUAUGGCUGCGCACUUCACCACUUACUACUAUGUCGGCUUCUCCUACAUGAUGAUGCGACGAUACGCAGAUGCCAUCCGCAUGUUCAGCCACAUCUUGAUCUACGUCUCAAGAACGAAGAACUUCCAAAAGAGCGCACAAUACGACUCGAUUUCAAAGAAGAACGACCAGAUGUACGCUCUCAUCGCUAUCUGCGUGGCCUUCCAUCCCACCAGACUCGACGAUACCAUCCACACAGCUUUACGGGAGAAGUAUGGUGACCAGCUCUUGAAGUUGCAGCGUGGUGGACCCGAAUCCCUUCCGGUCUUUGAGGAGUUGUUCCGCUCUUCUUGCCCGAAGUUCAUCUCCCCUACACCUCCGGACUUCGACAACCCAGAGCUCAACGUUGACCCCCUUGAGCACCAUCUCGCCAUCUUUAUGGACGAGGUCAAGACCAAUAUGUGGAGCCCAACUGUCAAAUCAUACCUUCGCCUCUACACUACAAUGGAUCUGAAGAAGUUGGCUGGCUUCCUUGAGGUGGAGCCUGAGAAGUUGAGAAGCUGGCUGCUGGUGAACAAGCAGAGAAGCAGACAGAUCCGGUGGGUGGAUAAUGGUCUGUUGGAUGGAGAGGUUGUAGGAUCCGGGGAUCUUGACUAUGCGAUGCAGGGGGAUCUGAUCCAUAUUUCGGAAGCCAAGGUGGGACGUAAAUUGGUAGACUGGUAUCUCCGCAACCUGGCUCGGACAUACUAG